UUUGACUGCCUUCUUACUCCGAGAGCCGCCGUUCCGCAAGUUAUUGUGCUUCCGAGGGGCGUCACAUACGGAAACCAGCCCACUUGAAUUCCCAAUGGACGGAAAUGCUUCAGUACCGAGCUGGUCUUCUGCAUUCACCGAAGAGGAGUUGCGGAUGAUCAACGAGUUGCAGGCGCGGAUGGUAGCAUCUCCUCAAAAGCCCAACACGCCCCCUCUCGGGCAAAAGGCCCUAGAUGUGCUUGCUGACUUACAGAUUUCCUGUUUAACCAUAGCGGAGGAAUGCUCAAAACCUGAAAACUUUACCGAGUCCAAGUGGCCGUUGAGAACUACUUGCAUUUAUCAAGGCAUGAAAACUUGCAUGAAAUGGGAUUCAGAAGUCGGUGAUUUUGUUGGAAAUUGUCUGGACUCAAUUUCGGUCCAACUGGAUGAUGUGAUGGCCAGUGCUAUCUGCAACUCUAAAAAACGACCGAAAAAUGAACAUUUGUGGGCGUCUUUCGUAAUUCGUGAUAUGAAGCGGGUGAUUGAUUCCAUUGGACAUCAGUGUGAAGCACUCGUCAGGCAGCGGAUUGCUGAUGCCUCGUACAUUCGGCUUGGUCGCGUGUAUGCUUGGGCACGAGAGCAACGCAACGCGGACAUGGAAGAUGAGCAGCUGGUCACUUCGGCCAAUCAGUUGCGCUCACGACUUCGAUGUCGACUGGCUAGACUGGUGUGGUUAACGCGUGCAAGCAAAAGACGUGCCCGGUCACAUCCCAUUUUGACGUCCAUGAAGCAUGAGUUGCUAAGGAUACGAACACAUACAAUGGGACAGCUGUGUUCUGAACGCACGGCAGCUAUGGGACCCACUGAGACUCCUUCACUGCGUUUGGACAAGGAGGAAAGUAGUGAGGCCGCUCUCCGGCGCGUGAUCCCUUCACAACUUUAUGGAAUCCUUGAACAGUUGAUCGAUAAACUAACAGUGGUGUUCUUGGAACUGCCGCCUCAGGUUCCAGGUGUUUGUAUUUCCGAAAACCUCGAAGAUCUAACACUCAGGAGAGAAUUUUUGAAACAGUUGAUUACGCGAACCAUUUUAGGAUUUUAUGACCACCUGGACGCGUCUGUCAACAUCGAGACUCAUGCUGAGGAUGGUGCGGGCGACCGAAACCCCGGUUCGGCUUCUCCUUUGGUUUUCCCACAAGAGAUGGAUUCUGCUGAGUCGGACGCCGAGGCUGUUGACGAGGCAAAAACAGGGCCUGGUGCUCGCUCCUCAACUUCCUCCCUGAAUCCUGCGCUAGUUCAAGCAGCCUUGGACGGGUUCGAUCACCAUAGGUAUGCGAGCCGCAAACGUGCAAUGCCCACUACCAUUUCGGUAUUUCAAGAAGAAGAUCGACUUGCUAGUGAUGCAGUCGCUGACUCCCGUAUUCCUAGAAUUGAUACCACUCGUGAGAACGACCAGACUGAGGAGAUUCUGAGCGUGCUCCGUCGUCCAACAGUGCCUGUGGUUACCGCAGAAUCUAGUGGUGAGGAAGCGACAUGUCAAAACCAUAUUGAGGCUGGCAGUAAACAAAGUCGAAAAGCGACUCCUCUCUGUCGGUCUUCCACUAGUCCAGUCAGAGUUAGUUCCAGCAGCAACAGACCUUCAGGGAAAGUUGAAUGUUCUCAAUCUAACGCACCCAAGAACAAAUCUUUUCGAUCUCUGCGUACCCGUGAUAGCCGAACUCCGUCAGACAACAGCUUCUCCGAGGGAGAAGUUCUUUCUGAUUCGGAAGAAGAACGAGCAGAUUCGGUUAGCGAAGUGGAGGAGCCAGUCACGGAUUUGGGUGAAAAGACAAAUGUGGAUAUUGAAGAGGAAGAGGCUGAAGAGCUUAUACGAAUGGUGAACGAGCAGCUGCGAGAUCGUACUCCUGCCAGUGAUAUUGAUCUGACUGAACUGGAAAUCAUGGAUGAAUGGGCCCCGCCCACGUCGUCCAUGGUCGUGGCAUCACGGACCGAAACAGAAUCAAGUCAACCAGAGAUAUCAGCGCCUGAAGUUGAACAGCUUUCUGCAGAGGAGCAAGCAGCUUUGGAGGAGGUAACAAGGAAAAUCGCGGAGAUUGUGGAUAAUGCCCUGAAUGAAUGUGGAAAGGGAUUAGAUGAACUUGUCUUGUGUGCUGAACAAAAUGCACCUAUUAUGAAAGACUCGAUUCACGCUGAGUCACAGCCUCUGGUUCUCUCGGAGGACACGGAGGCAAGCAUUGAGCGAACUGCCUCGGCUUUCAAGGAACACGUAACUUCGGUACUGACGAAUCUUUUGCAUGCCAUUCCGCUAAUGGCGGAUGGAACGAACGGAUCUGUCAUCAAGCUGCCGAGUGCCAAGAAACCCGACGCAGCCCCACCCGCUGUCAUAACUGGACGAAGGGGGUCACGGUUAAUGGGUAUGCUGCGAGCGUAUCAGCAAGAUGCUGUGAAACGGAUGAGUUCGAGUGCCAAGUAGCCAAACUGAUGCAGCGAUUUAACCGUUUUCCCGGUCUUCCUUUACCUUCAGUAAAUACCUUCGGAACGAUUGAUUUUUCAAAGUCUCCAAGCGGUCAUCUCUAAUAUGACGAUUUCCAUUUUCUAUCCAGGAGCCAUCACCCAACGUCCUCUCAACAAAAUAGCAUAUCUGGCCUAACCAAAA